UAAUAAGAAUCUUAAAUAAAUAUGUAUAAAAUGUCACUUCGUUCACAAACUGCUCUUUCGGGAGCAAAAUUUAUUAAAAAUUUAAGAUUCUUUAGUGCUGUUCCGCCAGCUAACAGACCACUUUUUCCUAAUAAAGAUGAAUUUCCAAGUCGACACAUUGGCCCUAGGGAUAGUGAUAUUAUUACUAUGUUGGAUACAUUAGGAUUUAAGAGUUUGGACGAAUUGACUGACAAAGCUGUGCCAAAAAAUAUUAGCUUAAAUAAGCCUUUAGAUAUAGAGGAACCAACUGGUGAAUAUGAACUGAUAAAUAGGAUACGGAAGAUAGCAGAAAAAAAUAAAAUAUGGAGGUCUUACAUAGGAAUGGGCUACCACAAUUGUUGUGUUCCUCAUACAAUCAUGAGAAACAUUUUCGAAAAUCCCGGAUGGACUACCCAAUAUACACCUUACCAACCUGAGGUUGCCCAAGGAAGACUGGAAGGUCUUUUAAAUUAUCAAACACUCGUUUCAGAGAUGACAGGUUUAGAAGUAGCCAACGCAUCUCUGUUGGACGAGGGAACUGCCGCCGCUGAGGCUUUAUCCCUCUGUUUCAGACAAAACAAAAGAAGAAAAUUGCUUCUCUCAGACAAACUUCAUCCUCAAACUAUAUCCGUUGUAGAGACCCGGUGUCAAUCCUUGGGAUUAGAAGUCGAUGUUGUCAACAUUUUCGAAUCAGAUUUCUCUAACAGAGACAUAGCUGGCGUUCUCUUCCAGUAUCCUGAUACAGAAGGAAAUGUUCAAGAUUUUAGUGCCUUAGCUGAAGAUGCUCACUCUCACGGAACGUUGGUGUGUUGUGCUACUGAUCUGUUGAGUUUGACUCUACUUUUACCGCCAGGAGAAUUCGGAGUAGACAUCGCCGUUGGUACAUCACAAAGGUUGGGUGUACCUUUGGGUUAUGGUGGACCACACGCAGGAUUCUUUGCUUGCAAUCAAUCUCUUGUUAGAUUAAUGCCAGGAAGGAUGAUUGGUGUGACAAGGGAUGCAGCUGGAAGGGAUGGAUAUCGUUUAGCAUUGCAAACUCGUGAACAACAUAUUAGAAGAGACAAAGCUACAAGUAAUAUUUGUACAGCUCAAGCUUUACUGGCUAAUAUGUCAGCUAUGUUUGCUGUAUACCACGGACCACAAGGAUUGAAAGAUAUUGCUACGAAAGUCCACAAUUUAACACUAGUACUUCAUCAUGGUUUGAAAGAAGAUGGCAACAUUUUAACAAACGAAUAUUUCUUCGAUACGUUGAGAAUACAGCCAAAGAUCGAUUUAGAUGAAUUAAAGAGCAGAGCAGAUGAAAAGAAAAUAAACUUGCGCUAUUACGAUGACGGUGCCGUAGGUGUUUCCUUGGAUGAAACAGUUACGUUUAAUGACAUCAACGAUAUCUUUUACAUUUUUGGUAGCUCAAGAAAAAUUGAAAAUUUAGUAGAUGAUCCAGCUGUUAGGCAAAAGUCCAUAUCAGCCAGUGAAUUCAGAAGAACUUCCCAGUUCUUAACGCAUCCAGUAUUUAAUUCUCAUCAUUCAGAAACUAGGAUUGUUCGUUAUAUGAAAAUCCUUGAAAACAAAGACGUAUCUUUAGUCCACUCAAUGAUACCUCUUGGCUCAUGCACAAUGAAACUUAAUUCAACAACAGAGAUGAUGCCUUGUUCAUUUAAACACUUCACAGACAUUCAUCCAUUUGCCCCAUUAGAUCAGACUCUUGGUUACCAUCAACUGUUUGCCGAACUUGAAAAAGAUUUGUGUGCCAUUACUGGUUACGACAAAAUUAGUUUCCAACCCAACAGUGGUGCCCAAGGUGAAUAUGCCGGAUUAAGAGCCAUCCAGUGUUAUCAUGAAGCCAAAGGCGAUAAACACAGGGACGUAUGUUUGAUUCCUGUCAGUGCCCACGGUACAAACCCAGCUAGCGCUCAAAUGGCGGGUAUGAGAGUGGAACCUGUCAGAAUUAAACAGAAUGGUACAAUUGACGUAGAUGAUUUGAAGGAAAAGGCUGAGAAGCAUAGAAACCGAUUAUCUUGUCUGAUGAUCACUUACCCCUCAACCAACGGAGUUUUCGAAGACACCGUUGCGGAAGUGUGUGACAUAAUUCACAAAAAUGGUGGCCAAGUAUAUCUUGAUGGGGCUAACAUGAAUGCUCAAGUAGGACUUUGCAGACCCGGAGACUAUGGAAGUGACGUGUCUCACUUGAACCUGCACAAAACAUUCUGUAUUCCACACGGAGGUGGUGGCCCAGGAAUGGGCCCUAUUGGUGUUAAAUCUCAUUUAGCACCUUUCCUUCCGGGUCAUCCCGUUGUUAAUCCAUUAGGAGCAAAUUCCCCGUCUUACGGAGUUGUGAGUGCUGCACCAUUUGGAUCCAGUGCUAUUUUGCCGAUUUCGUGGGCUUACAUUAAAAUGAUGGGACCUAGAGGUUUAAGAAAAGCUACACAAGUGGCCAUUUUGAACGCAAAUUACAUGUCUAAAGUCCUUGAACCAUACUACACCACUCUCUUCAAGAGUGGUUCAUCUGGUUUGUGCGCUCACGAAUUUAUAAUAGAUAUAAGAGAGUUCAAGAAAACUGCAAAUAUUGAAGCUGCCGAUAUAGCUAAGCGUUUGAUGGAUUACGGUUUCCAUGCACCGACAAUGUCUUGGCCAGUUGCUGGAACUCUAAUGAUCGAACCUACUGAAUCUGAGGACAAACAAGAACUAGACAGAUUCUGUGACGCUCUGAUAUCCAUUAGAGAGGAAAUCAGAGAAAUUGAAGAAGGAAGGAUGGACAUAAGAGUAAACGCAUUGAAAAUGGCACCACAUACCCAAGAACAAGUUAUCAGUAGUUCGUGGGAGCGACCAUACACAAGAGAACAAGCGGCCUUCCCGGCAUCCUUUGUAAGGCCAGAAACCAAAGUUUGGCCCACAGUUGCUAGAAUAGAUGAUAUUUAUGGUGAUAAACAUCUUGUGUGCACGUGCCCACCGAUUCUUGAUGAAUACAACUAUUGAUUUAAUUUUAAGAUAUAAUUUAUUGUACCUAUAUAUAAUUACGAUUGAUUAUUAUUUUUAAGGAAGUAAAAGUAUUACAAAUAUUUGUUAAGGAAAGGGUAAAUUUGCAAAUAAAUGUUAUUUAAGUUUUUAUUAUUAAUA